CCGAGCCGGGCGGGGUCUGGGGUCGCUGGGCCCAGCCCCCCUCUCUCUGCAGCGGCUGCUGCCUGCCGGGGUGGGGCGCCGUGUCCCGCUCUGCUGUCGCGCCUCAGCCCAGCGAACCGCCAAGCAGGUUACCCCGCGCCAGCAGCCGCGGCGCCGCUCGCUCUCCUCCUCCUCCGGCGGAGCCGUGGGCGCGAUGCGGCCGCUGCUGUGGCUGGGCCUGGUGCUCGGGGGGGUGCUGGGCGCGGCGUGCGGGGAGCCCGGCGACCAGCACUACGUGGACGGCGAGCACCGGGCCGACUACGACCGGGAGGCGCUGCUGGGAGGCCAGGACGAAGCAGAGGAGUAUGCCAAACUCAGCCCCGAGGAACAGCAGAAGAGACUGAAGGCCAUCAUAAAGAAAAUUGACUUGGACUCGGAUGGAUUCCUUACUGAUGAUGAACUAAGUUCAUGGAUCCAGAAAUCUUUUAAGCAUUAUGUUACACAAGAGGCUAAACAACAGUUUGGUGAAUAUGAUAAAGAUGGUGAUGGAUUAGUAUCUUGGGAGGAGUACAACAUUCAAAUGUAUGAUCGGCUAAUUGACUUUGAUGAGAAUACUGUCCUGGCGGAUCAAGAAGAAGAAUCAUUUCGACAGCUUCAUUUAAAGGACAAGAAGCGGUUUGACAAAGCCAAUAGAGAUGACAUUCCUGGUCUGAAUCUGAAUGAAUUUAUUGCUUUCGAACAUCCCGAAGAAGCUGAGUAUAUGACGGAAUUCGUUAUUCAGGAGGCUUUAGAAGAACAUGAUAAAAACAGUGAUGGAUUUGUGAGUCUGGAAGAGUUCCUUGGUGACUACCGAAGAGAUCCAACUGCAAAUGAAGAUCCAGAAUGGAUACUUGUCGAGAAGGAUCGAUUUAUGAAUGAUUAUGACAAAGAUAAUGAUGGAAAACUCAACCCUCAAGAAUUGCUGACUUGGGUAGUACCUAAUAAUCAGGGUAUUGCACAAGAGGAGGCUCUUCAUCUGAUAGAAGAAAUGGAUUUGAAUGAUGAUAAAAAGCUUUCUGAGGCAGAGAUUCUUGAGAACCAGGAUUUGUUCCUUACAAGUGAAGCAACAGAUUAUGGCAGGCAGCUCCAUGAUGAGAGUUUCUAUCAUCAAGAACUUUAGUUUAUUCAUUUGUAAUCUUGCUGCCUCUGUGUUCCUAAAUCAGUUUUUCUUUAGAGUACUGAAAUUUAUAAGCUACAUUAAGUUUUAUUUUAUGUGAUUAUAAUAUACUAGUGUUUGUAAGUGUUUUACAUUCUAAAUUUAAUUACUUAAGUACUUUUUGCAAGUUUCUGUGGACCUUUUCAAUCUUCAAAACUAAUUGAAAUAUUUAGCAUUCCUUGAGUUGCUGCUUUGGUAUCUGGAAAAGUAAAAACAUUUUAAAAUCUGUAUGUUUAGUACUGUAUUGUAAAAUGAGUUGUACUACCAUACGGACUCGAAGAGUGUGAAUGUUACUGAAAAAAGACAAAGUAUGCAUGAUUAAGCAAUAGUUACUAAUCAUUUAUAUAAGUAGUUAAUGUUUUCAGAAGUUGAAGGGGUGGAGGAAGUAGCAAUGUUUUAGGUUCACUAUCAAACAUUUUAUUUAAAACCCUUGGAGGAACAUUCAGAAAGAUUAAUACCUCAAUUGUUCAAAAGGUUUCUGCUUAUUUUUAAAUGAUUUCUAUAGCAGUUAAUUGUAUGAUAAAAAUCUUAUAUUUUUGCAUCUGUACAGAUAGUAAUUAUUUUUAAUGUAUUAGUUUACAUCAUUAGAGGUAUGUAUGAUAUUUCAGUGUCAGAAUCCACUUCAUUUAUCAGAUUAAAACAAUUAAAUGCAC